AACAACAUACAGCGACAGCCUUUACAAAUCGUUCUUUUUACUUCAAUGUCCCUGAAAAUAACUAUCAAAAGAGAAAAAAAUACAUUGAGUGAAAUUACAUUCUUUGAACAGCUUUUUUCGAUAUUGCGACCAAAAGAUUGCUAUACAUUACAGACGCUAAAUGAUUUGUUUCAUUCUCUGUAGUAAUUGCAUUACACGCCUAAAAAAAUUGUUUUUAAAGCUGGCUCUUUUUUUUACAUUUAUAACAACACCUGGUACAAAUAAUUCAAUCUUUGGAGGUUGUCUUUUCCCGCACAUUUUUUAAUUUUAGUCGAGUUAUUCGUAGAUUCCAUUAGAUAACCUCACUUUUUAUUUCUCUAUAAUGUGUUUUUUAUAAUGUGAUGUAAUCGUGGAUUUUAUACUUACUUACAAAAUGAAUUUUUCUUGGGCUGAAUGUUACCCUGAAGUGCACAAGAUUUGCACCUUGUUCACCCUAACAGAAUUGAGUGCUCCUCACAGAUACUCGUAUAAACCCCUAGCCGCGUUUCUUCAAGAUGGACCCCAGUGUGGUCUGGUUGCCCUUGCAAUUUAUUCGGGGAAUCCCAGCACUGCCUCAGUUCAAUCACUGCUAGAAACCGCUAAGAAUGAGGGGUUUACCAAUAAUGGGGAAAUGUUUAGUGUUCAAAAUAUGGCCACUUUGGCUCGGUUAAGUUUAAAAUCGACCAGUGUUCAAGUAUACUCAGGUUUAUUAAAUACAAAAGAAAUCAAAGAAUUUUUGCUCAAUGGUGCCCAUUUAUUAGUGCCUUAUGACACAGACAAAGAUAACUCUCCGGGGUUAUUAAACGGCAGUAGGGCACAUUGGGCUAUAAUUUGCGGGGCGGUGGAGACUGAAAGUGAUUUUUAUGUGAUAGCAAGGCACGGGAAGGCUAUAAAUGUGGCCAUUUGGAAAUUGUCCGACUUAUCUGAAAGCAAUGCACAGUUAAAUGAAGUUGGGACAUAUCAGAAACAACCAAACAUCGACUUUAAGUUGCCGCAAGGGGGUAUUCAGGGAGAUUUGGGGCUUAAAUGUAAAUCUAUCAUUUUAAAAGAAAAUAUUUUAUAGCAUUUACUUUUCAAGUGUGACGAUUUGUUUUGUUAAUUUAACGCUUUAUUUAUUGGGAAAGUGCUAGAAAAAGUGUUCCAAUAAAGAAAAAAACAGAA